ACACAGCAGAGGAAACAGAGACUGCCGUGCUCAUCUUUUUAGUUUUGUCAGUGUAAGGGAAUGCUGGACAUUACACAACCUGGGAGGCUGCAGACUAAGCAAAGGCUCCUGGACCUCAUUAUCUUCACCUCUUUUGCUUGGAAUGUACAAGUAAUCCUAUGGCAAUGUUUGAGCUAAUUGGACUCUGAGAGGAUGAAAAUCAAUUAGAAGAAGACUGGACAACCCAGUGUUAUUGUUUUUUCCUAGCUAUCCGUGGAGGUAAACUACAACAGGAAAUCCAGAUAAUACUCAGCAGGCUAAUGUACACACAUAAUACUCCCAGAUGUCAGAAGCAGAGACAGACAAAGUGAAAAUUAGAACAACACCGAGCUUUGAAAAUGACCAGCAAAAUACUUCAACGUUGUUGAAAGAAGGAUUGACCAACCCUAUUUCCCAAUCUCUUGGAGACCAAAACAGUUGCACCAACUCCCUUCCUCUGCAAGUUCUCCCUAUUGUAAUUCUGAAUACAGCAGAUCAUCCAGAAAAUCAGCUAGCAAUUAAGGAUGAGAAGCCUAUGAAAGGUAUUGUCCUCAGCUCAGUAUCAGAAUUCGGCAUCACGGAUGUGCCAUCCAAGGACACCAAAAACGAAAGAAAACUAUCAGAAUCUAGUGCAUCUACACUGUCAUCCCUGGAGAAAUGCAGGACACAGUUCAGCUACCUUGAAGAUGAUGCAUCAGUCCAUGAGAGGGACAGUAAUGAUGAAUGUGCCACACUCAUCUUGGCCUGCUUGUUCUGCCAGUUUUGGGACUUUCUGUUCAUGUUGCCCGAUGUCUGUGAAAAUUGGUUGACCAAUGUGUGCUGCCCUUCCCAUAGAUAUUACCAAACCUCAGGCGACGACCCAAACAACGGCGACUGCAGCUGUGAUUGUGACAUUGAUUGCAGCAUCCUUGAAUCUUGCCAUGAAACCAGCGAGUGUCUGGAGCUGGCCCUGGAGAUCUCUCAAGUCUGUUAUCACUAAUGUAAAACAGCUGGCGGCAUGUCCAAGAACCAUCCCUGCUGAAACAGACCUAGCUCCCCGAAGGAUAUACUCGUUUAAAGCAGAAUAAUAGCAGUAAAUAAUAAAUAAACAACAUGUGUGAAGAGAUCCUGU